GGAGUUUUCCAGUUAAGUUCCAGUAAAGUUCGCGUGAAAUGCGAACUUAGCGCUGUAGUGCACAACUAUUCGCCGACUUGAAUGAUAGGGAUGCGCAAUGGGUGGAAGAGCGCGCUGGCCACAGCCUUGUCGAUUACAAGACAUCAGCGAUGCUUGCCUACUGGAGCCACAUUGGCGCGCUUCUUGUCCACCGAGGCGGCGGCGCUGGAGACGCCGCAGCUGCAGCGCAAGUGCGUCGCGUAUCGUUUGGGCAGCGUCGAAUACGAGACCGCAUGGGACUGGCAGAAACAACUCAUCCAGCAGCGUGUUCUGGCCAUUCGCGCCGGCCAAUCGGUGGAGAAGGAUGUGGUUCUUAUUCUGGAACACCCGGAUGUAUACACACUGGGUCGUGGAGGCACCAUGGAGAACGUCAAGUUUGAUCCGGAAAAGGAGCAUGUCAAGCUGGUUCGCGUAGAUCGCGGCGGUGAAGUUACGUACCAUGGCCCCGGACAGGUUGUGGUAUACCCGAUACUGGAUCUGACGCAACACAAGAAAGACCUGCAUUGGUACCUCCGCCAGGUGGAGGAGGUGGUGAUUCGCACACUGGCCAAGUUUGACAUUCAGGGUGAGCGCGUGGACGGACUAACGGGUGUGUGGGUGGAGGAGAAGCAGGGAUAUGAGGAUGGAGAGCAUCGCAAGGGGAACUACGAGCGUGAAAUGCGCAAGAUCUGUGCGGUAGGUACGCAUGCGAGUCGCUGGGUGACCAUGCACGGCUUCGCUCUUAACGUUACGACGGAUCUGCGCGGGUUCGAUCGUAUUAUUCCGUGUGGUAUUGACGACCGCGCUGUCACGAGUAUCGAGCGCAUUCGUCCAGAUGCGACCAUUAAGGAUGUACAGGAUGCUGCAAGUGAGGCCAUCAGCGAGGUCUUCCACCUCGAUAUGGAAGAUGUUGAGGCCAAGACGCCGCUGUAGAGUGCAUAUACCUGUAUUUUGAUGCUGUUUCCCUUUUGAUCUAUUCGACGCGAGAUACUUGAUGCAGCUGGUCGAGUGUGAAGGCGACGAUGCUGUCGACUGUUGCAAGGCCUCCGUUGCCUGUGUGAAGCACAUUAAGGUCAGGAGGUUUGCAGUAAAUGUGAAUAGAGAACCAAGUGAACUUCGUUCGUACCAACAACUCCGCAGGCCAAUUUCUUCUCGAUUGGAGGAACCAUCUUGUACCCAAACUCGUCCAGCACUCGAAUCUGUUGUGCAGUGAUCGGGUGGUUCCACAUGUCCGUGUUCAUGGCAGGAGCGUAGAUGAAAGGCUUGGUCAUGAUCCACGCCCGAGCGACGCAGGUCUGUCCAUGUAAUACCACAAACAUCACGUCAAAAAUGCACCCAAUAACGAGCUCAAGAACGUACGAGGAGGUUGUCAGCCAAGCCAUUCGCGAGCUUCGCUAGCGUGUUCGCCGACAUUGGUGCCAGUAGCAUCACAUCUGCCCAGUCCUUCAGCUGCAGCAAAGUUAAACGCGCACACAGAGCGAUAGGGGUUCGCGCGUUAGUGUAAUUAUCACCGCCACUUCGCUCCCGACGCACCUCAAUGUGGCGCACGCUGUCCCCUACGACGUUCCAUCCCUCCCAUUCGUCUUCGUCUCGAACGACAACAAUUCUGCCUUUACCACCACCAGACAAUUGCGUUGCUGCAUGGAACUCCUCCCAGGCCGCUUCGUUGUAGUCCUUGGCACGUUGAAGAAAGAAAUCCGCCGACUUGGUGAGCACCACACACACCUGCUCUUAACACAACAACUUCAGCAUCGGAGGAGCAACUUUCCACUCUUUAAAGCCACCUCUGCCGUCUCCGAUAGCCGCACAGCGAUCUCCGGCACCUUGACUGUCGCCACGCUGCCGCUCGCGCACAGCAGCACACAAGGCCGCAUAUCCUCCGUAUCAGAAUAAACUUAUUAUAUUACUAAA